AUGUCAGCAGGUGUAAAGGGUCUGAAACAAAAGGAAACAGCAGCUGCGUCACAGAAAGGAGGAGGAAGCAGAUUCUGCGGGAAUCCCAACGACAGAUCUUUGGAAGAAAGCCAGCAGCUGGAGGUAGAGAAAGCUCUGGUGUUAGCCAAUCAGGGCUCAGUGGUGUGGCGCCAGGAGAAAGCCAAUAAGUUCACCAGAGGCCAGGUGGUGUCAGAGGACCUCUCCCAGAACGUGGUGGCAGUUUGCGGCGUCAUCCUUCCCAGGAUAGCUCCUCGACUGCCUGAACAGAGGAACCAAAAGGAUCUGGUGCUGGUGGAUUCAACUUGCCGGAAUCUGAGGAGACUGGCUCUGGCCGUGGCUUCCCAGAAGCCUGUGCUGCUCGAAGGUCCCAUUGGCUGUGGAAAAACUGCCCUGGUGGAGUUCAUGGCUGCCGUCACAGGACACACAAAAGCUAGAGACAUCCUGAAGGUGCAGCUCGGGGAUCAGACCGACAGCAAGAUGCUGCUGGGGAUGUACCGCUGCACUGAUAUCCCGGGGAAGUUUGUGUGGCAGCCUGGAACGCUGACUCAGGCUGUCUCUAAAGGCCAGUGGAUCCUCCUGGAGGACAUUGACCACGCGCCUCUGGAUGUGCAGCAGUGUGUUCAGGCAUGGCCGUAUCUACCAUUGAGGUCACCGGGGUCCGGACCUCGGUAACAUUUUUUGAGCUGUGUAUACAAAACUUGUGAAAUAACUGCACUAAACGGGGUUCUUUGUAGUACUUCCAUUUACUGCCGAUGGGGGGCGCUGCAUAAGUACGUAGCCUCGAUUUAAAGCAAACAGAAGAAGACGACAUGUAUCAACAAACCACCGCAGCCCGGACUUGUAUCGUUGCAGCGGAGGAGUGAUGAGGUAUCUAGAGAUCUGAGUCCAGCGGGCUUCAUAUGACCAGCAGAUCCUGUGUGAACGCU